AUGGCAUUGAAAUGGAAUGACAAAGUGCUGAUCUGGAAUGUAAAUGAGCUGAAGCUUAAUAAUACGAUUAUUGCAGUAGGGAGGAUGAAGAAGUGGAUUGUUGUUUGCACGCCAAGUAGAAUAUUCUUCCAUGGUAAGGAUGAAAUGGCUCUAUCAAGGAGAGUGAGAAAAGCAGUUGUAAAGCCUGAAGGUAUUUACUACCAAGAGCAUGGAAGUGGACGGAUAAUGCUGCUUGUACAUCCUUUGGAGCCAGAAAAACAUGUAUUUUUCCAGCAUGGAUAUACCUUGAAGGAAGUUGUUUCUGGUGUGUUAGUUCUUGAGGGUGAUGGAAAGUACCUAUUGAAACAUAUUCGGAAUACAGCUUAUAGUGAUGAUUGUGCAGAUCAAGGUAAUUUAGAAUCAUGUGAAUAUGAUCGAAGUAUAGAAUCUAACCAAUUUGAUGAUGAUCAAAGCACAGAAGUGAUGGUGAUAGAUAUUUGUGAGGAUGUGAUGAGCAGCAGUAUUGAGCGCUACGACGAGCAUCAUAGUACUAAGGGACAUUUGGUUAGUAUGAUUGAAUAUAUUGAUUUUUUAGUUGGAAUAUGCAUGAAUCAUGCAAUGUUUAUAAAACCAGGAUGGUAUUGCGGAGGAAUCAAGAGAAGCAAACAUAAAAGUGAAGUAAGUGUCAGGUUUGAUAAGGAUAUAACAUGUGUAAUGAAGUAUAGGAUGUGUGUGAGUGGUUUUGGUGAAAUUAUGUUUCUUAGAAUGAAUGAGAUGCUGUUUCUUGGGAAUGAGGUAGUUUGUAAGGCAAUUAACAGUGAGAUGUGGCCGAUGUCUGUGCUGAAAGAUGAAGAUGAAUGGAAGCAAGAAUAUCAUAUGCCAUUUUGGAGCGAAAUAAGUGAAUUAGAAAUGUGUAUUGUGAUGUGUUUUCCACGGCAUAUUCAACGAGAGUUUUUUGAGGUGUUUUUUGAAUGUAAAAAGAAAAUAUUCGAGCAGCUUGUGCCAAGUGGAGAGGUGCUAGAUCGAGUAGACAGAGUUUUGUGGAGAUUUAUGAUUAAAUGUAAGAGUGUGUGGGAGUUUAUGAAUGCAGGAGUGCCAUGUUUUGAGAAAUCUUUGGCUCUACAGAAGUGUAAGGAGUUGAUUGAAUAUUCUCAGGGAUGCCUGGAUAUGGCCAGACGGGAUGUGAUGGAGAUAUCGUAUAAGAGGAUAGUAGAAUGUGAUAUUGGAUUGAUUGAGUCUAUGAAUUAUUCGGAGGUGAUGAAUCUUGCAUACAGGAUUAUAUUUCUGGAGAAGAAGAAUGAGGAAAGGCAGAGAGGCAUUUACAUGAAAAAUGUAAUGAGAAUGGUAUAUGGGAUGCGCAAGUUCUUUGGCGAUCCAAGGAUAGAUGAAGUACUCCUGUUAUUUAAUGAAAAACCUAAAGUUUUUGAGAUCGACAGCGAUGGGAUUGAAGGGUGCGGAGAGAAGGGAUAUACAAUUAGGAUGGCAUCAAGCGCUGGAAGAGCAUAUAUGUCCUAUGGAAGUGGCAUGACAGAUCGUAGAGAUAUAAGCAGACAUCUAUGCUUCCCAAUAUACAGAAAUGAUGAGUUAGGAACGAUAGAUAUCAAGGAUACAGGAUGGAUAGAUUGGCCACAAUUUGGUUAUUCAGUUUACAGAGCCUGUGGAUAUGUCAUACUUGAAGCGGAGAUAGGUGAUUAUUUUGAGUCAAGAAUAGAUCGAUUUGUGAACUCACAAGAGAGUGAAUCUGUAUGUACUACAAAUGAGUUUGUGUUUGCAGGGGAGGCUUUUGGACAUGGAGUAUGUGGAAGAUUGAAGGAUAUGACAGUGCAAAGAAUCAUGGAGUUUGUUAUGCCUAAAUAUGCCAUACUGUCUAUGGCGAUUCUUGCAGGUGUUGGAAUUAGCUGCAUGGGUAAGAAAGAUGAUUCGUAUGGAAGGAUGUAUUUGCAUUAUCUAAGAACACCGCAGCCAUUAUGCAUUCAUGCAGGAUGUAUUGUAGGUCUCGGGAUGAUUUAUGCAGGGAGUGGAAAUGUGCUUGUGAGAGACACAUUGGUUGCUGAAGCAAACAGAUAUGGAGUUUUUGAACAUGAGCAGUACAACAAGGGGAAUAAGGUUUGGUAUGAUUAUGCAUAUCGAGUGUUGGCAUCGUUUGGGAUUGCAAUGGUGAGCUUAAAUGCAGAGACAGAAAUGUUCAGGUAUGUAAAGCUCGAAGAUAAGUUAUGUGAGCUGCUUGCAAAUGGAAUAGUUCUUUUUGGAAGCAAACAGCGACGAUUUGCAAAGAGAUUGGAACGAUCGGAUAUAUGUAAACCUGAAGAGGUGUUAUAUUCUGAGGUAUUUUCUCUUGGACUGAUGAUGGAGGAUGAAAUAGAUAAGGUUGUUGAGGAUAUUGAGAGACGCCUUGCAGAUAAGAAGUGUGUUUUUAGUAUUCAUCAGUUAUAUAGAAUAGCAGGAAAGGUGUUCUAUGUGGCUCUGAACAUGCUUUAUAGAAAUGAAUGUGAAUGCAAUGAAGAAGUGUUUGAGAGAUUGAUUGUAUUAUGUUUAAGAGUCGAAGAUGAUAUGAAAAGGAAUGUGGAGAUGAAGGUGGUGUUUGACUUUUGUGUUGUGUCACUGUCUUUGAUAGCCAAUUCAUCUUGCAAUCUCGAGAUUAUUAGGAUAAUCCGCCGACGAAUCAAGAUGAUGGAGAAGGCGGACAGAAUGUAUGAAAGAAAGGACUUUUUCUUCAGCUCAAGCGGAUUGAAGCAAGAGAAGCAGUUUUUGAUUAGAUAUGGCGAUAUAGAACUAUAUAAGCUAUGUCUAGGUAUAGUAACAUGCGGAUUAGGAUCAUGCAAGAUAUCUGGUACACAUUAUGCAGUGUUUUAUGCUAUUUCGACAUUUUUCAUUAACUUUCCAAUAACUACAACUGAUCAGGAAUAUUUCUGGAUGACAAGGUAUUUUUUACUACUAUCUAUGAAAGAAAGCUUAAGUGGAUUCAAGCACACGGCAAACUAUACAAAGUUAUGCAACAAAGGAAGCAGAAAAAAGGAAAUGGCCGAUAUGUCAGCAAUCAAUGAAAUGUUUGCCAAACAGUAUGCAGAAGCAUCAGAUGCAGACAAAAAGUUUACAAUUGAUGUAUUAACAGACUUCUAUGAGGUGCAUGGUGCAAAUGGCAAGCUAUUAUCUGUAGAAAUGCUAAAGAAAAUGGCAUGUAGGAUGAUAUGA